AAUGGCCCCCUUGUUUAACAUUUUUUUGGAAAAAGUAGUCACUUCAAACAGGUAAAUGUUUCAAAUAUAGAAGUAGUAGAAGCUUUUUAUGUAGAUUUGCAUGCUAUAUUUUAGGGCACCUUUGAUAUCCACAACUUACCAUAGAAGAACAGUGUAUGUGGUAACUUGGGGUCCACCUUCAAAAUCUACAGCUGAGCUGAAUGUAUCUACAUACGGCUACCAUUUAUACAGCUGUGGGGAUGGUACUAUUUUAGAACAUUUACCCAAGAAACUGGAGAAGGAAGCAGUGUCUGUUGGCAAGCUGAUUCACAGCUCAAAUCCUACUUACAGGGCUGGAUCAAGAGUUCCUACUAGAAGUGAGAUAAGUUGGAGCCCAGAUUUCCUUGUUGUUGCUAUAGGAAAUGACGAUGGGUAGGAGAUUUUUUAUUUAUUGUAAUCUUUACUGGAAAUUUAGAAAUACUGAAACAAUAUUAUGUAUUAGUAUUCAGUCAUGUUUUACCUGCACAUUUCAAGUUGUAGUUAUAAGUCAUUGUGCUUGUUCUGAAUCUCUUCCAAGUGACAAACUCAGAAUUCUUAGGUUGGACAGAAGAAGUCAUUGUACUCUUUUUGCAGCAGUAAGCAUAUGACAUAAACAAUUUUGAAUUGUCUACUUAAAGAACAAAGAAAUUGAUUGUGUUUGCUUACCUUUUCCUCUUUCAUCCCCCUUGCCUGUUUUGUU